AUGAACCAUCCAGAGGGACGAUGGUCUGGCCUGGACAACCUGCUCACCCGCCCCGGCCGCUUCGUGGGCCCAGGCUUCGAGCCGGGCCCCGAGCUCCGUGACUUCCUGCACGAUGACUGCCGGAUUCUGGUGGUGGGCGCCGGGGGCCUGGGCUGCGAGCUGCUCAAGGACCUGGCGCUGUCUGGGUUUGGCUCCAUCGACGUGAUCGACAUGGACACCAUCGACAUCACCAACCUCAACCGCCAGUUCCUCUUCCGCACCGCCGACGUGGGGCGCAGCAAGGCCGAGGUGGCGGCGGCCCGCACCAUGCAGCGCGUGGCGGGGCUGACGGUGACCCCCCACCAUGCCAUGAUCCAGGACAAGGGCCUGGAUUUCUACGCCCAGUUUCAUGUCAUCGUCCUCGGCCUGGACUCGCUGGAGGCUCGGCGGCACAUGAACGCCGUCGCCUGCAGCUUCCUGUCCUACAACCCAGACGGCACCCCAGACCUGGCCACCGUGAAACCGCUGGUGGACGGCGGCACCGAGGGUCUCCGGGGUCACGCCCGCGUGCUCCUGCCGGGGGUCACCCCUUGCUUUGAUUGCACGCUAUGGCUCUUUCCCCCACAGACCAAAUUUCCCUUGUGCACCAUCGCUGAGACGCCACGAUCCCCGGCGCACUGCAUAGAGUACGCCAAGAUCAUCCUGUGGCCACGUGAACACCAAGACACGGCUUUUGACCCAGACAUCGAGGCGCACAUGCAUUGGAUGUUUGCCAGGGCGCAGGAGCGGGCCAAGGAGUUUGGCAUCCAGGGGGUGACGCUGCAGCUGACCCAGGGCGUGGUGAAGAACAUCAUCCCCGCCAUCGCCUCCACCAAUGCCAUCGUGGCGGCCAGCUGCGCGCUGGAGACCCUGAAGCUGGUCACCCUGGCAUCCACGGGGCUGGACAACUACCUCAUGUACUCUGGCGUGGAUGGCGUCUACACGCUGACCACGCAGUACGAGCGGGACCCCGCCUGCCCGGUCUGCAGCGCGGGCGUGCCCAUGACCGCGCCCCCGACAUGCACGCUGCGCGAUCUGCUGGGCCUGCUGACCCUGCACCCCGCGCUGGGCCGCCUGCUGCGCGAGCCAAGCCUCAGCGUGGGCAGCGUGCCCCUCUACGCGCGCGGCGUGUUCGAGGAGGAGACCCGGCCCAACCUGGACCGCCAGCUGCGGGAGCUGGUGACAGGUCCCCUGGUGGAGCUCACCGUGAACGACAAGGGCCUGGUAGCCCCGCUCAAGGUCCAGCUCAGGCUGCAGGUUGCGGAAGAGUGA